CACCGGAGGCUCUGAAGGAAGAAGAGGAGGCCAAGUAGGUUUCUGCUCCCUGAGGGACCGGUUCUCACUGGCAGCUGGACCCGUCUUGGCCACAGGUCCCAGGAGCCGAACAACAUGCACUCAGUCCUCAGCUGGCUCUCCGAAGGCCCCGUCCCAGCUUCCCCUACGGUCGGUCACCCUCCGGAGCCUGUUCACCUAAUUGCAGGAGCCCGGGCCGGGCGAGAGCAGACACCCAACCUGUCUAACCUGUCUGACGUCACCGUCUCCACCCACCGGGGCCCAGGUCCCAGCCGGCCUGCUCUUCCUGUUCCUCGCUCAGCUUCCUCAGGCACCUCCACCUGCAGAGUGGUGCUCAUCGGCGAGUCCGGCGUGGGGAAGACCAACCUGCUGUCCCGCUUCACUCGCAACGAGUUCAGCCACGACAGCCGCACCACCAUCGGGGUGGAGUUCUCCACCCGCACGGUCAUGCUGGGCACUGCCGCUGUCAAGGCGCAGAUCUGGGACACGGCCGGCCUGGAGCGGUACUACCGUGGUGCGGUGGGGGCCCUGCUGGUGUUUGACCUCACCAAGCAGCACACCUACGCCGUGGUGGAGCGCUGGCUGAAGGAACUCUACGACCACGCCGAGGCCACCAUCGUCGUCAUGCUCGUGGGCAACAAGAGUGACCUCACCCAGGCCCGCGAGGUGCCAAGUGACGAGGCCCGCAUGUUCGCCGAAAACAAUGGGCUGCUAUUCCUGGAGACCUCAGCCUUGGAUUCCACGAACGUGGAGCUGGCCUUUGAAACUGUCCUGAAAGAGAUUUUCGCAAAAGUGUCCAAGCAGAGGCAGAACAGCACCCGGACCAAUGCCAUCACCCUGGGCAGUGCCCAGGCCGGCCAGGAGCCGGGCCCCGGUGGGAAGAGGGCCUGUUGCAUCAGCCUCUGACCUUGGCCAGCACCAGCCCUGCCCUCGCUCGCUCGCGUCCCGGUGAGGUGCUCCCCACCCCGCUCCAGGAUUCUCCCGGCCCUGUGGCUCCAGACGUCAGUGGCCUGUUCCCUGUGCACAGCCCCGCCGAGCUCUCAGGUCUUCACGCCCCCCCACCCCUGUACUGUCUGCUAACCUCACAGACCAGAGCUCCCAAAUAAAGCCGUUUUAUAUCCA